GUAAAGCUGGUGCUGAUGGUGAUGCUGGUGAUGCUGAUGCUGGUGAUGCUGGGAGCUGCGAGAGCGCCCACACUGGAAUGACGCUGGACUUCCCCAAACAGCUUGUGUCCUCCCUUCCUCCUCCUCCUCCUCUUCUUCCUCCUCCCUCUCCAUCCUCCCCCUCUUCUCGCCCUUCUCUAUCCAUCCUUCCCUCCCUCCCUCCGCCACUUCCCUCUCAUCCCUCAUUUUCCGUACCUCCUCUCGCUCGCUGCGCGUGCACGCGCUCCGCCGGCGCGCCGGGACUGCAGCAGCGGGAGAUAAGCAACCCUCCUCACAUCCUCACGCAGAGUGCUGGCGCGUGAGAGCCUGUGCGCACACGCGCACAGAGAGAGAGAGAGAGGCUCACGCGCACUGUGCCUAUACUCUCUGUGUGGGAUAGCUUCCUUUCCUGGACCUUUCUGGAGGAAUUUAAGCACUUCUUACUUCCCUCAGGCUCCUUCAACUCGUAGACGCGGUGGUUGCGUGUCUGCCUGCGUGUGCCAACGUGUGCCUGCGUGUGUCUGCGUGUGUCUGCGUGUGCUUGCUUCGUCUGCACAGCCGGUUGGGAAGCGUAUGGCUCUGUUCCCCUCGCCUCCCGACAGCGAUACGAUAAAGCAAACGGCAAUGCCUCAGCGCCACGCCGCCUCGCUCGCGCUCCUGCUGCUGAUGCUCCUCUCCUCAGGGAGUGAUGGUCAGUAAGGAGGCAGGCCGCUGUGCCCUGUCGAACUCGGAGUCGGACUCGGAGAGCGGCGGUCCGACCCUGGGAGCGGAGGGCGGCGGGCGCGGGGACGCCGUACGCAAGCGGAACAAAGCCUUGCAGGUUCGCUUCAAGGACAUCUGCGAGGCCCAGAAUGAGGCGGCUCGUCUAGCCCGAGGUGCGAAGGGACGCUCGGUUUCCUGCAAGGUCGUGCACAGGAGGUACAUGACCAUGCCGGCGCGACGCUCCAUCCCCAACGUGACCAAGAGCACGGCGGUGCAGACCUCGCCGGACCUGAAGAAGCGCUACCAGACGUUCCCCUUCGAGCGGAAAAAGGGGCACACCAUCAAACACACGGCUCUGGUGGAGAACUACCAGGGCCAGAACAACGGCUUCUUGAGUGACGUGAAGAGUCCCGAGGAGGAACAGCCUUGUGGCGGCAGAGUGCAGAAGACUCGGGUACUUUUGCACAGCAUGCCGCCAUGCAGCGAUGUGCAAGACUUGUGCGCUGGCGCUGGAGAUUGCAUAGAUUCUGACCUUUGUGCCGAUCCCACGGAUCGAAGUAGGGACUCAACCGCAAACUCUGACCAGACGGAUUUGAGAAAAGACGGAAGAUUUCAAGGGACCAGAGAGUCAGAAAGUCAAGAACCCAACUGCACCCAGAGCUCCACCUCGCCACCUCCUCCAACGCAGCAACCUCUGCAGGACAGAGGCGGCAGUUUGAAGGUGACCGGUCCAAUCGCGUGGACGUCUCUGACGCAGGUGGAAUGUCUUGAAAGCCCCUCGGUGAGGUGCAAGCGUAAGAAAGAAUCCGCACAGUUUAACGGCCUUCAGUCGCAGACUCUACCGCACCCGCCUCGCUGUUCAUCACAGGAAACCUCCCAGGCUCACUUCCACGGCAGCCACGGCUUCACGAGCCGGGUAGCCGAAGAGACUGCGGCAGCAGGGCUGGGGUGCGGACAGGUGAUCCCUCUACCUGGGGUCGAAGGGGACGUAAAAGCUCGACUUCAGGCCAUGGAGACUCUAAUCAGCUCCAGCCAGGAGACCAUUAAAGUGCUGCUAGGGGUCAUUCAGGAGCUGGAGAAAGGAGAGGCGCAGCGUGAAGGACGAUUGUCAUACCGGACCGGGCAGGAUACAACCAACUGUGACACUUGCCGGAACAGUGCCUGCAUCAUCUACAGUGUGGAGCUGGACUUUAAGCUGCAGGAGGAUAAACUCCAGCCGCUGAUGAAAAGACUGUGUCCGACGCUGGACCCGCCCUACCCGUCUCUGCCUUACCCCCACGAGGUGAUCACCUCCACCCCCAAGCGCAAGUCCAAGAGCGAGGCCAAGAAACUCGCCCGCUGGAAGCUCUGGUUCCUCUGACCCACUCGGACCUUCAGAACUGCUUUCUUGGAUCCGGUAUCCCUGAACCAUCAGGACCAUCAGGACCAUCAGGACCAUCAGGACCAUAAGGCCACGAGAACACUCAGACCCGAUCUGUCCGGUUCUGCUCUGAUGAACGCAGGCCAUGGGAAUGAUUUGUGAUUGUAGCAGCGGGGGCUGCUGUCAGCCGUGGGAUUUUAACAAGGAAUAACAUUCGUUUUUAUUCUGUAAUCUUUGAUUAAACCUGAGGAACUGCUGAGAAUUCAUCUGCUGUCAUGUUUACCAAAACAGGAUUGCAUAUAAAAUCUCCAAAUAUGGUUAAUUACCAAGGGUCCCGUAGAGCGGAACAGAAGCUUCAAAGCUAAAAGCUCGUUCACCACAGCGCAGAUUCGGAAAUGCACCAUCAGAGGCAUCUAAUCAGCAAAGCACAAACUUUGGGAAAUAUAUAUAAAAAACGGACAUUUUCAUUUCAAAUCUUCUCUUUAUGUUUGAUUUUCUUUAUUUGUUCUUGUAUUGCAAAUGAUUUGCCCCUUAUUGUUUGCAGAAAACGAGGAUUUGAAGGGAAUUUGAAAUGAAACUGAAUGAUGGUGAUAAGUGUUGAGUUGUUGGAAGACUGGAAGUGAUUGUGUGUGAAUGCAGAAUCUAUUGACUGCAUGAACGACAGCUGAAGACUAUAGAGAAAUAUAUAGAGAUUUUUUCUUUUAAAUAUGGAAGAAAAACCCAUUAAGAGUCAUUAACAGUCAGUAGUUUGUAAGAUGCUGUGAACUAAAUAGUAAUUUUUCAAUUAAAAUUACACAUUGAAAGUGUUUUCUCUAUUAAAAGAAAAAAUAACAAUUUCUAUAAAUUAUAUUAACUUUUUUUAGAUAUAUAUUUCAGACAGACAGUAGGAUGACAGAGACUGCGCAUUUCCCAAACACAAAGCAAUGAAUCAAAGCCUUGUAUCUCCACAGACUAAGAGCCAUUCCACCCAAUGGGUGCCAUUUCUGUCCCCAGAAAAUAAAAUAUAAUUAUAUGUGUAAAUGUGCACAAAAAAAUACCUUUAAAAUACAUUUUAUAACUAAGCAUAGUGUAUUGUACAUUGAUUGCCUAAUUGCACAACUUUGAGAUAUGUAAUUAAAAACAUUAUAUAAUAAAAAAAUACUUAGAACACUAAAAAACUAUAAACUUUACCAUAAAAUAUAAUUAUUAAAAUCCUCCAGAGAUUUAUUUUGCAUUCUUGUGUGACUCCAAAUCCCAUCUAUGCAUUAAAAUAUAUGUAUUUUCAUUAAUCCAUAAUAUUUAAGUUUUAAAAAAUACACAUUUUAGUUUAAUUUAGUGUCCCUAGAUUUUGGUUUCACUCAGUCCUGUUACCGUAACACGUUACCCUGAUCAUCUGAAACAUCCGGAACAUUCUACAACAGGAAGUCACAUCUACAACAGG